CAAGGGGAAAAAAGAAGAAGGAAAAAACUCAGAUCAAAAUAUUCAAAUUCCAAAAUAAGAAAGUGAGAAAAAAAAAAAGAAAAGAGAAAAGAAAAGUAAUAAACUUGGAACAAAGUCCAAGGGCAUUUCUGACAUAUAUUCAUGUGUAAGAAUUUUGCCCUUGCCUUUUUAGCCAAGACUAAAAGCUUCCUCAAGCAACGGCAGCCACCCGGCUCGUUCCCAUUUGCGUCGCCUUCCACAAAACUAUAUAUAUUAAUCAAAAUUUCCUGCAAUCUAUCUCUGAUUUUUUUACUUUCCGAAGAACAAUAUAAUCAAUUUGCCGACUCUUCAUCGCAUACGUAUUGAAUUUCUGUUCCCCUAGUUAAUCUGGUCUCUCUCGUCAACCCAAAUCUCUUGGACCGGAGGAAACAGAGUUGAUUUCUUUUCGAGUUUGCUGUGAUAUGAGAUCAAUCAAAUCCAUGGCAAUCAAGCCCUGUUGUAGGGUUCUAAUUUCCCGCCGGAUUUCGCCAUUUUUAGGUUUUCCUAUACCCAAAUCCCUCCAACCCUUUUCCACAACGUCAUCAACGACUCUGCGAUUCAGUCCCCUUAAUUGCCGUAGUUUUCACACAUCAAGAGAUAGGAGAUUGAAUUUUCAUACCAUUUUUAAACAAACCCAGGUUCCGGUUUCUGCCCCGGGUUCAACAUGGGGUCAAUCCAUACUGUUCUGCAGUAGUAAGGUUCCGAAAAGAAGGGAUCUUUAUGUGGUUUCUAGUGUUGCCUCGGAUGUUAGGAGUUAUUCCACAUCGGUUGAAACCAGGGUAAAUGAUAAGAAUUUUGAGAGGAUUUAUGUGCAAGGUGGGCUUAAUGUGAAGCCUUUGGUGGUUGAGAAAAUUGAUCUUGAUGAGAAUAUUGUUAGUACUGAGGCCGUUGAUGAGGAAGAAAGGAUAAUUGAUGAGAAUUUGGAAAGAUUGGAUGUUGUAGAGCCGGUGAAGCCUGCACCUAGGGUGGAAUCUGAGGUCGAAAAGGAAGCUUGGAGAUUGUUGGAAAAUGCAAUAGUUUCCUAUUGUGGAAGUCCUGUUGGGACUUUGGCUGCCAAUGAUCCCAAUGAUAAGCAGCCUCUCAAUUACGAUCAAGUGUUUAUUAGAGAUUUUAUUCCAUCUGCCCUGGCAUUUUUGCUCAAGGGAGAUGGCGAAAUCGUCAGGAACUUCCUCCUCCAUACCUUGCAAUUGCAGAGUUGGGAGAAAACAGUCGACUGUUACAGCCCAGGGCAAGGUUUGAUGCCGGCAAGUUUUAAAGUAAGAACUGUGCCAAUUGAUGAGAACAAGUGCGAAGAAGUAUUAGACCCAGAUUUUGGGGAGUCAGCUAUUGGCCGUGUUGCACCUGUUGACUCUGGGCUUUGGUGGAUUAUAUUGCUGAGGGCUUAUGGGAAGCUCACUGGUGACUAUGCAUUACAAGAACGAGUGGAUGUACAAACAGGCAUAAAACUGAUUCUGAACUUGUGUUUGUCUGAUGGUUUUGAUAUGUUUCCAUCAUUGCUCGUCACUGAUGGUUCAUGUAUGAUUGAUCGACGAAUGGGAAUCCAUGGUCACCCUCUGGAGAUUCAGGCCUUAUUUUAUUCUGCACUUCGUUGCUCCCGUGAGAUGCUUCAGGUGGAUGAUGGAUCCAAGAAUCUAGUCAGGGCCAUAAAUAAUAGGCUCAGUGCAUUAUCAUUUCAUAUCAGAGAAUAUUAUUGGGUUGAUAUGAAGAAAAUAAAUGAGAUCUACAGAUAUAAGACUGAGGAGUACUCAACAGAAGCCACUAAUAAGUUUAAUAUCUAUCCUGAACAAAUACCUCAUUGGUUGAUGGACUGGUUUCCUGAAAAUGGUGGUUAUCUUAUUGGAAAUCUACAACCAGCUCAUAUGGACUUCAGGUUCUUCACUCUUGGAAAUCUAUGGUCGAUUGUUUCUUCUUUGGGGACUCCAAAACAAAAUGAGGGUAUUCUUAAUCUCAUAGAAGCUAAAUGGGAUGAUCUUGUGGGUAGCAUGCCUUUGAAGAUAUGUUACCCUGCUUUAGAGUUUGAAGAGUGGCGCAUAAUCACAGGGAGUGAUCCUAAGAAUACACCUUGGUCUUAUCACAAUGGUGGAUCUUGGCCAACACUUCUAUGGCAGGUAUGGUUAUUUGACUAGAUUGUAAUGUCAUUCUGCUGGCUCAUAGUUAUUAUACUAGGAAAUCUGAACUUAGCAGUAUAAGCAUAAAACUUAAGUGUGGUUUUGUAUGUAAUUUUGAUGUGUAUGAGAUCUAUGAACUCGGCAUUGUGGAUGAAAGAAUAAAUCCUUAUGUUAAAGAAUGGAUAGUAUUUGGAUGAAAACUUUUAUUUCUUUUAAAAAAUUUUUUUUUUGCUGUGCUGGAGUGAUUAAGAAGCAUGAGAAAGGAAGAGUUUAAUGCAAUAGUUUAGUUUCUAGAUUCUCCUUAUCUGGUUUAUUUGCAGUAUUAUUCUUUAAUCUGGUGAUUGCUUAGAUCUUGCAUCUCUAGUUUUAUCAAACUUGAUUUAACUUUUUUUUUUUUUUUAGAUGAGUAUAGUAAUGUAAGGUCCUUUUGCAAAUUAUGAAACAUUGCUCUUCGGAAGUGAGCGAGAUUAGUUGAUCAUGCUUCACAUGUUACAUUACUCCGCUUUAGAAUUCUGGACACAGGACAAUUUUCCUUCAUUCUGAGCUCCUUAACUGAUGACAUUUGGAGACACAUCUGUCUUUUGACUGAAUGUUUUUUCAUGUUUGGCUUCUGAUCUAGUACUACUGUUUGGGCAAUGUCCAUUUUAUGAAUCUAGAUUUUCACGUGUUUCCUUUCUGGUUGUUCCUCCAGUUUACUCUGGCAUGCAUGAAAAUGGGGAGGAUGGAUCUGGCCAAGAAGGCAGUUGAUUUGGCAGAGAAAAGGCUUCCUGCAGAUCGCUGGCCUGAAUACUAUGACACAAGGUAUGGCAAGUUUGUCGGUAAGCAAGCGAGAAUGUAUCAAACCUGGACUAUUGCUGGAUACCUAUCAUCUAAAAUGCUAUUGGAAAACCCUGAGAUGGCUGCACAGUUAUUCUGGGAAGAAGAUUAUGAACUAUUAGAAAUAUGUGUCUGUGCACUAAGCAAAAGUGGACGUAAAAAAUGUUCCCGCGGUGCUGCAAAGUCUCAGAUUCUUGUGUAAUUUGAAGAGGAAAAGAAGCAUCCUCGCCAUGUACAGUUCAUAGCAUGUAUGUAGAGGCUAUCACUUACUAGAGUUCUCCGGAGGGCUUCUUUUAUUCAGCCCCCGAGUUUAGUAUUCGUAGCAGAUUAGCAUACACAAACUCAUAGUGAAACAGUAGUGAUUCUUUUCAUGUUUGAUCAACAGAGAGUAGUUGAUCGGCAUAAGUGACAGAUAUGUAAAUGACUUAAUUGAGAGCCCUCACGGUUCGAUAUGAUGAAGCUCCUGAGGCCGUUUGUAUAAUAAUACUCCCUCCGUCCCAAAAUUAUUGUCCAGUUUGCCAAAAAAAUUGUCCCAAAAUUAUUGUCCGAUUUGACUUUUUUUAGGCUAAGUUACAUAUAUGCCCUUUAUCCCUAAAAUGAAAAACAUUCUAACUGGAACAUUUUCUCCCUACGCACACCACCACCAAUAGCCGCCGCAAACAAUGGUUCUCCGAUGGCUCCAAGCAGGAACGGUUCUCCGACACCAAUAGCCACAAAUGAUGAUUCUCCGAUGGUUCCAAGCAACCACGGUUCUCCGACGAAUUCAAGCAGAGGUGAAGAUGAGGUGGUCGGCUAGAUGCCGAAAAAAAAUAUAGAGAAUAAAUUUUUGACAAAUUCUGACCACUCCAAGUAGCGGCGAUGGAUUAGAAGGACAUUGUCUGCAAAAUAGAAUAAUUACAUCGAUCGGAAGAGCAUCAGAUUAAAAAUUCAAAACUAGAACUUUCGUCAAAUUCAAAUCAAUUCAUCCGAGACUUUUGUUCGAUUGGCGGCUCAGAUUUGAAGACCUCCUUCAAUCCAAAAACUUUUCAAUGAAAUAGAAAAAUUGUCUCGUAAAUUUCAAAUUGAAAUUUUGAGCGAGAAGAUUCUCCAGAUUUGAAGUUCUUCGGGUGCCUGAUUGAAGAACAAAUGAAAGUACCAGUAUUCUUCCUGCUUUCUGAAAUGGGGUUGGCCGGAUAAACCAUUUAUGUACACAGGGGUAUAUGUGGGAGUUUAUGCCUAAAAAAAGGUUUUAUUUGACCAAAAAUAAAAUCUUGUAUUUUAACAAAACUGGACAAUAAUUAUGGGACGGAGGGAGUAAUAGAUAUACUUCUUGGUGUGAAAAAAGUUGCUUGCUUGAUACAUACAUUACCCUAAUUUCGUGGCAGUAUAGUAGCAAUUUUCUUUUCUCAAUCUUUUUUCACUUUGAACAAUCAAAUGUGGCGAAUUCAGUUUUCCAAAGAAAAAAUGUGGUGAGAAAACUGGAUAAACUUCUGAAAGUGUUGGGAAAAUAUGUUACAGCUUCCUAAUGAAAAUUGAAAGCUUGCCCUCAUACAAUACCUUGCAGUAAGUGGAAAUGAAG